AUGUCUAGGUUCCCAGGAAUUCCCACUGUGGUGGGUGAUACCGACGAUGACGCCUCCAUCCACUUGAACAGCAAGGUGGGUCCAGCCCGUCCAUUACCUCAAAUCUCCCCCAAAGAACAGGAAAUUGCCAACAUUUUGAGCAAACCCUCUGCUGCUCCCAGCUCCCAAUACAACGAGGUGUUUGAAACUUACUACCGCAAUGGCGGGCACGUAGCCCCCGCCCCCGAGGGCGACGAUGUCACCGACCAUUCGUCUUCAGGUCUGGACUACGAACCCCAGCUCGAUGACUCCACCGAUGAAGAACUGGAUGAAGAUGCCACGGAAGUCGAAACCCCCCAUGAAAAAUCUCUACUAGAAGAACCCCAAGACAUCUCCAUCGCCCCAGAACCGCCGAUACGGCAGAUUCUGCCGUGGAAACAAGCGUUUUUGCUGGUGCUUGCCGGGAUAACUUUGGCUGUGGUUGUGAUUGAAGUGUGCUACAUCUCAGUGGUGUACUCUCGGUCGAAGCACACGGGACACACCGUCGAAAACUACUACGAGGUGAACUCCAAGUUCGAGCAGCUCGGCUCACAAGUGUCACACCUUGCAAGUGAGCACAAAAACCACAAAAAGGCGGUGGAGGAGUUGGCCAACAACCAAAAACACUUGCAGCAGAGUUACGAGCAGUUGUCUGACAACGUCAUGAACCGGUUCCACGGCAUGGAGAGCAGGUUUGAGACUCUUGACACAAACAAGUCCCAGAUUAACGGCGUGAUACAAGAAGUACGGGCGUUGAAGGUCCAGUUCGAAAGCGUAAAUCUCGUUUCCAAUCACACCGAGUUCGACCAUAGACUCAACCUUUUGACCUCCAAAUUGGACAGGUUGGUCGAGCUCAACGACAAUAUAGAAACUAUCAAGGCCGACGUUCUCGCCACGUUAUUUCAAGCCCUCCCCAGCCAGGUCCCUGUCUACACCAAAAACAAUAAAAUCCACUAUAUCCCCGAGUUCAACAAGUUCUUGUACAACUUCAUCGACAGCUACUUUAAAGAGCACGGCCCCACCGACUGGAACGCGUUUGUACGAGAAAACAAGGAGUCGUUGGACAAGUACGUCAAAGACCUCUUGAGCCAGAGUGGAGUUGAUGGUAUUGACAAAAGCAGGUUGCACCAACUAGUGGCCGAACAGUUGGCCCAGAAUAACCAAGUCAUCUUCGACAAGUUCAACAACUUGGUCGACAAUCUCAAUGUUGACACAAACUCAACCGUGAGUGUCAAACACGACAAAAUCUUGCUCAGCAGCCUCUUGGAGAUGUUUUCUGAAGGGUCCGUCAACACCAACUACGCUGACUAUCGGCUCGGGACCAAGAUCUUGGGGUUCUUAACGUCUGUGCCGUCCAACGACAAACCACUUCCACGCAAGCUUCUCCUUGGAUGGUACGACUACUUGGUGCAAUCGAGUCCUCUGUACACCUCGCUCAAGUUCAAUGCCAAUAAUUUGUUGGUGGACGGAGGCAGCUCCUGGAGAUGCCAAACUGACAAAAACGGCUUGUGUUCGGUGGGGAUCAAGUUGUCCAGUCCCGUGAUUAUCACCGACGUGGUGGUGGCCACCGACUCCCAAGAUUCGUCGCAUAAGGCUAUUUCAAUCUACGUCAAACCUAAAUCAUCAAGUGAUUAUGAAACCAUUGCCCGAUAUUUGAGCGAUUUCAAGAUGGGGUUUAAAUUACCGCAAAUAUCCAACAAGUACCUCAAGAAAUUUAUUAAGGUAAAAGAAGCCAGCCUUGACAAGCCUAUCAACCAUAUCAAACUCCCCAUUAGUCUUGUAAAUUUACAAGUACCAGCUCGAGAUCUUUAUGUGGAAUUCCAAAGCAACCAAGAAGUCCUCGAGGUUCGUAAUAUUAAGGUUUACGGAAUCAGCCAGUACCGGUCGCAGAAAUACAGUCAAAAGAUGGAGCUUUUAAUUGACAACCUCAAACAGGCCCCCGAGCCCGUGAGGAUUUAUGACGACGUCUCAGUGCUUGGGAGUGACGAGACAAUCCUGUAG